GGUUCUAGCGCGCCAUGGCCAGGAAGCGCUCGUCAAUCGCGUCUUCGCCGCCAGUUCCUGCCUCGCCUGGUGGCUAUCAAGCGGAGGAAUCGGCUCGAUCUACAGUUUCCGGUGACAGGUUUGAUCUUCUUGCAAGCAAUGCGUACAGAGGCGUCGUUUCGGCCGCAUUUGCGAGUGGAUCGUCCGCCAUUAUGUGGAUGUCCGAUGCGGCGAUGCUCGAGGCUUCGAUCUCGGUGUCGCAGCUCGUCUCGGUCGCGGUGUCGCCUCGAUCGGCGGAUUCUGGAGAGCCACAUUCGUUGGAAUUACUUUGCAAUGCGAGCUGUGCGUCGCAAGAGCAAGUCGGAGGAGUGUUCGCGGUUGGAGCUGUAUGGCCUUCCAAAACGCUUGUCAAGAACAACGUUCGUCUUUCAUCGCAUCUUUCUCAAACGCUUGGCUGCCCGGCUCUCGGCUCAGUUCUCUUGAUCAGUUCUCUACGAGCUACAUGCCGCUCCCGUGACAUCGCCAACCUUUUGCAUUUGCCACGCUCUGGUGAAGGAGAAUGCGUUGCAGCUAUCCAAGAGUGUAAGCAUCUCUCUCUUCAAAUAUGCCAAGGAUCUUUUAGCUUUGCAUUAGAACACUCGGAGUUGGAGAAGGAGUUAGCGGCUCCCAGUUCUCCAUUCAAAGUUUCUCCGUUCAAGGGAUCUCCUUUGAAGACUCCGCCUCCUGCGAAGUCUACAACCGGGAUCAGAGAGAUAAGCAGUGCGGCAGCAAGGAGUUACUUGACAGGUGGAUCAUCGAAGAUGAAGGAAGUUAUUGAAAAGCUGGCAGCUCGUUGGCUAUCCGGGAGGCUUCUACUUGUGGGAAAUAUGGUUACUGUGCCGGUUUGUGGGAGUGACUGUGUCUUUCACGUAAAGGCGGCAGAGAGCUUGACUUCUCAAGAGCUAGAUUUGAGCGAGACGCUCCAAGGCUUGUCACUGCAAGCGAACAACCCAGGCGGGAUUCUUUACUUUACGAAUCACAAGACGGCUGUAAGCAUUCAGUUGGAUGAAGAAAGCGUUUUGACAGAGUCUGAUACGGUGGAAACCAGAACUCGGCUUUUCACGGAAACUACGUCAUCCUAUUCUGCGCUUGGUGGAUUAUCGGAGGAGAUUGAAACUCUCAAGGAAAUUGUGCAGUAUUCUUUGCUCAAGCCAGAAACGUUGGCGAGGUACUGUUUAAAGAGAACGAAAGGAGUACUUUUGUAUGGACCUCCAGGAACUGGAAAGACUUCCCUCGCGCAAGCUGUUGCAAAGGAAGCAGGCGUAAAAAUGCUCGUAAUCAAUGGCCCUGAAAUAGUGACUGAGUACCACGGCGAAAGCGAGGCGGCAAUGAAAGCCAUCUUUGAUUUAGCUGCCCGGGAAGCACCUUCGGUGGUUUUUAUAGACGAACUGGAUGCAAUCACGCCACAACGUAGAGAAGGCAGUGAAGGACUUGGACAACGCUUGAUGGCCACUCUUCUCACGUCCAUGGAUGGCGUGCACCAGAACGGUGUUCUUGUUAUUGCCGCAACAAACCGUCCAGAGAGUAUAGAUCCGGCUUUGAGGCGUCAUGGGAGAUUUGAUUACGAAAUCGAAAUCGGUGUACCAACGCCUAAAGGCCGACUUGAAAUCUUACAAGUCCAUCUUUCGAGACUCAAACACACGCUAAGCAGUGAAGAUGUGCAGGCCCUUGCCAGUGCAACACACGGUUUUGUUGGUGCUGAUUUAAGUGCACUUUGCAACGAGGCAGCACUUGGUGCAUUGCGUCGUCAUGUCCAUUCGAAAACUGAGUCUGCAUCUUCACUCAGCGUUGGACGAGAGGACUUCGAGCUGGCCAGCGAAAAGAUCAGACCAAGUGCAAUGAGAGAAGUCAUCCUUGAGGUCCCUAAAGUUCGCUGGAGUGACAUCGGUGGACAAAGUGCCGUAAAGCAACAGCUUAAGGAAAUUGUGGAAUGGCCUCACAAGCACCAAGACUCUUUCGCGCGGAUAGGAACCACACCGCCAAGAGGAGUUCUGCUCUACGGGCCUCCAGGGUGUAGCAAGACAAUGAUGGCUCGUGCAGUGGCAGCAGAGACCGGACUAAAUUUUAUUGCUGUAAAAGGGCCCGAACUCUUCAGCAAAUGGGUUGGAGAGUCCGAAAAAGCUGUGCGAGCACUGUUUGCCCGGGCCAAGGCUGCUGCACCGUCGGUUGUUUUCUUCGACGAGAUUGACGGUCUGGCUAUCACCAGAAGCUCCGGAGGUGGCAGAACUGAUGGCAUAUCUGUCGAAGACCGUGUCAUGAGCCAGUUAUUGAUCGAGAUGGAUGGAGUGUCUCUGCGGAAUGGAGUCUCAGUGAUUGCUGCCACCAACAGGCCAGAUAAGCUUGAUCCCGCGCUUCUUCGUCCUGGAAGAUUUGAUCGGCUUAUUUACGUUGGUCCUCCAGAUAGAGCAGCCAGGCAGCAAAUAUUUGAGAUUCACAUGAAGAACACCCCGUGCAAGGCCGAUGUCUCAGUUGAUGUCUUGGCUUCUUACACGGAAAGUUACACUGGAGCGGAUAUUGCUGCUGUUUGUCGAGAAGCUGCACUGGCUGCUUUGGAGGAAGAUUUGGACUCCGUAGCAGUGGGCGCCUCGCAUUUUGACGUUGCCUUGACGAGAGUCCUACCAAGCAAGUAUAGUAUGAGAUUCGGCAAGUUUCAAACGAGGUAGUGUGGUGUGUUUCACUUAUGGUGUUUAGCGACGCAGUUCAUGUAAAAGAAGUCAAUGUCUAGAGGGUAUCUUUAUAUUGUCAAAAAUAUAAUAAUUAUAAUGUAAUUUAAA